AUGCAUACCACCAGCAUCAUGAAGUCUUCCAUCCUCACCUUUGCCCUCCUGGCUUCCACUGCUGUCGCUCAGCCUCAUCGCUCGCAUAAGCACAUGGCCAAGCAUGCCAAGCGGGCCGAUCAACCGGUCGUCUGGGUCACCGACAUUGUCUCGGAAACGGAGAUCGUCGACUACACCACGACUAUCUGGGUUUCCGAAGGAUAUGUUGCGCCCACCGCCGCUCCCGCCCCAGCCUCCGUUGAGGCGACGUCCAGCGCGGCCCCAGUGGCAUCAGCAGCACCAUCAUCCGCCGCGGCGUCGCAGGUUCCCGCUCAAUUCUUCGAGCCAGCUUCGCCCGCGCCUGUGCCUGAGCCAACAUCCACAUCGUCGUCCGCAUAUGUUGCGCCGACUCCCCCAGCUCCGGUCGAGACUCCCGUCGCAACUCCCGCGGUAGUUGCCCCUACUACUUCUUCCGUCGCACAAGCUCCCGCUCCCUCAUCCUCAUCAUCCUCAGGUACCUCAACCGGAUCUCCUGAUGGCCAAUGCUCAGAGGGAAGCCCCUGCCAAGGAGAUGCCACAUUUUAUGACACCGACGGUAUCGGAGCCUGUGGUUUCGAGGGAGUGGAUGGACUGUCCGAGUCCGUGGUCGCGUUACCAGUUGGCCUGAUGGGUGACAAGUCCAACGGCAACCCCUUCUGCGACAAGAUGAUUACCGUCAAGUUCCCAAAUGGCGCCACCACCAAGGCGAGAGUCGUCGACAAGUGCAUGGGCUGCCAGGGCCGGGCGAUCGAUCUUUCCCGCGCAGGUUUCUCUGCUUUGCAAAACCAGGACGUUGGUCGCCAGGCCGGAGCUACUUGGUGGUUCAACUAG